AUGAAUACAUUAAACUUGAUCCCAACUUUUUUUUAUUUUUUUUUUUUCUCACAUAUUAUAAAAAACCUUUCCACACCCACACACACAAAAAAAAAAAAAAAAAAAAAAAAAAAAAAUGAAUUUAAUAACAAUUAUAAAAUAAAGAAUAAAUAUUAUGAUGUUGGUUUUAAAAAAAAAAUACUUAAAAAUGUGUUAUUACUUGUAAAUUUUGUUAAAUUCUUUGAAUCAUAUUUAUUUUUUAUUAAAAUUGAGAAAAAAAACAGUUUAAAAAUUCAGUAUAUCUCCCUAUAA